UUUAUGCACAUGGCCUUGUUCUGCAUUUAGUUUGCAUGCUUUGGCUGUACAUUUUUGUAAUGCUAUGAAUAUGUAUAAAAUGUUUUACUUUUUUAAUUUAAUGUUUUUCCGCCCAAUAGGGUCCUCCUGGUCUUCAGGGUGACAAGGGGGAUCAAGGCGACCAAGGACCGCGGAUGGUCUUCCCUAAGAUCAAUCAUGGCUUUCUUUCUGCUGACCAGCAGCUCAUAAAGCGGCGGCUUAUUAAGGGAGAUCAGGGUUCGGCAGGUCCACCAGGGCCUCCUGGACCCCCAGGUCCCCCUGGCCCCCGAGGGCCACCAGGGGACACAGGCAAGGAUGGGCCCCGGGGAGUGCCAGGUCUGCCGGGAGAUCCCGGGACCCCAGGAGAGCUAGGACUAAUGGGACCUGAGGGGCCACCAGGACAAAAGGGUUCCCUCGGGCCUCCUGGCAUCCCAGGUGUUGAUGGGCUGAAGGGUGAAAUGGGAGAGCGAGGUGAAAAGGGUGACAUGGGAGAAGAUGGGCAAAAAGGUGAAAUCGGGGAGAAGGGUGAUGCAGGCUCCUCUGCUGCAGGCAUUAAGGGUGAACCAGGAGAGUCAGGACGUGGGGGAUCAAAGGGAGAGCCAGGACUUCCAGGGCUGCCUGGACUUCCCGGGAUUAAGGGUGAGCCUGGAUUCCUAGGACCUCAGGGAGAACCAGGGCUCCCAGGACUACCGGGAACCAAGGGCGAGCGAGGGGAACUUGGUCCACCAGGCAAGGGAGAGCGGGGCGAGCCUGGACAGGCCGGUCAAAAGGGGGGGCCAGGAGAGGCAGGGAACCCAGGCCCUAGAGGUUCAAAGGGAGAGACAGGAGACAAGGGAGACCUGGGCUCUAUGGGACCAUGGGGACCCCCUGGGCAGAAAGGUGACCAAGGAGCCACUGAAAUCAUUGAUUACAACGGGAACAUCCAAGAAGCUUUACAGAAGAUUACCACUAUUACAGUGACGGGUCCCCCUGGGCCUCCUGGACUAUCAGGACCAGCGGGAAUCAAGGGAGAUCAAGGCAUGCCUGGCCUCCCUGGACUGGACGGUGAAAGGGGUUUCAAAGGUUCCAAAGGAGACAUGGGAAUCCCUGGCACAUCUGGAGAUAAAGGAACUGUUGGUUUACCUGGUUUACCAGGUGUCAAUGGAUUGAAAGGAGAUAAGGGUGAUUCUGGUCUGCCUGGUCCCGAAGGGCCCUCAAUUAUUGGCCAACCUGGAGCACCUGGGCCCCAUGGCCCCCCAGGCCCCAUGGGACCCCAUGGCUUCCCUGGACCAAAGGGGGAGGCUGGGAAUCAUGGUCUGAAGGGAGUACGCGGGGAGUCAGGGCACAAGGGAGACAGAGGACCCCUGGGCCUCCCCGGAGCCUCCGGCUUGGACAGCAAGCCUGGAAUUAGGGGUAUGGACGGGCCUGUUGGUUCCUCCGGUCCAGCUGGGCCAAAGGGGGACAGAGGUGAGAGAGGAGCUGCAGGUGAACUCGGGCCAAGGGGACCUUAUGGACUUCCUGGAGCGGCUGGAACACCUGGCCUUGAUGGGUUGCCGGGCUUAAGGGGAGAGAAAGGCGACCCGGGGGAAAGAGGAGAAAAGGGGGAGAAGGGAAAGAAGGGGAAAAAAGGGCCUAAGGGGGAGAAAGGAGAACAGGGUGCCCCUGGAUUAGAUGCACCCUGCCCAUUGGGCCCAGACGGACUACCAAUGCCUGGUUGUUGGCAAAAGUGAUCAAUCUAACCCGAAAGCAUGGUUUGUAAAAAAAAAAUAAAAAAAUGUUGUUGGGGUAUUUAUAAUUAUUUUUAAUGGAAAAUAUAAAAUAAAGAAAUCUAUGUGUACAAUAAAAAAGAGCAAAGGUCCAUCACUCCUAGCUGCUUCUACUUACCUCGCUCUGUGUCACUCUCACAUCCGCAUCUUGGAGUCCAGAUCUUUGGCAAUCGGCAGAACUUGCACACACACAAUGAUGUUUAGUCCCAGUCCUUGCAUGACCAGAGUGCUCGGGCACAGAUUGGAACGUCAUGGCUAAUUCGGAUUCAAGGGGAGUAAGGAGGUUGUGACAACAGAGGAUGAGGAGAAGGAGGCGUUGGAGGGAUCUGAACUGGCUCUUAACAGCUCUAGCUCUCGCAUUCACCAUCCAUUAAUGCCAUACUCCUAGCUUAAAAGACUCCAUCCCAACAAAACACCCUCCACACGCCCCAAAAAGCAUGAUGACUGUCCCAAACUAUAUUUAUAUGUAUUAAUAUACAUAUUUCAUUGAUGUGGUCGAAUUGUAUGGCUUCAGCAAAACACUAUCUGGCUGUCAGUCUUACCUACUCAAAAAAGAAAGCUCAACAUUUUUGGUUUUAUUUGUUCCUUUUUCUUUUAAUGUUCCAAAGGGAGUCACGCCUUGGCUGGUGGCUUGAAAAGAAUUGUUCCCCAGGAAGUAAAGUUGGGUUGAUUUUCUUUAUUGUGGUGAGAUCUGCAAUGGGUCAAUAGAUGCAGGUCUUCACAGAUGCACUUGUCUUGAGUCCCAGGGCCCUUUCCCUGUCAACGGACACUUGUUAUUGAACUUGGAGAAGAGUGUUAGAGCUCAAUGCACUGUGCACAGCCAAUCGGAACUGAGCUAGGCUGACAAGGACUUCGGAUUGAACAGACUUGUUUGGGAUCCCUUGGAGUAGGGGAGACAGUGGGCCUCGGCAGAGAGAUUACAAUCAUCUCUCCUGCCAAUCAAGGAGUGCCUGCCUGUAACAAUGUUACAGUCACAACACUACAAGGUCAAGAGGGUCAAUGGAAUUCUGCCUUUUUAGUUGAAGUUUGUUCUUCUACUUACUUAAAAAAAGUUUUAUGUAUAAUAGCCUUUGGUGCCUCAAGCUUUUGUUCAUUCCUUUCCUUUUUAACCUGCUUUGAGUAAGUGGAAUGGUGUUUAUUGCAGAAUGGCAACCUCUUGUAAAUUGUUGAAGUAUAAAAGCACCUAUUUUGCGCACUGUUAGUAUGUAUUGAACGUUGAUAUUACUGGGUGUUAAUAAUAUGGCAUGUACAUUAUGUAUUCAAAUGAACAUAAGCUUCUGUGUAACAGAAAGGGAAUUUCAGUUGGUAGCAAAGAUGAUUACACAGCAUCAGCUUUUACACUGAUUUGCAAACACCAAGUUUUAUAAUAUUAUAAUAACACUACAGUUCAUUGCUGGCCUUUAAGUGGAAAAUACAGUCGGUGAGUUACAAUGUGCUUCACUACAAGUUUAUUGUAUCUUUACAUUUAAAUGCAGUGUUUAUUUUCAGCAAUAUGUGUGCAACAAUAAGAUUUUUGAACAUUAUGACCUGGUAAUUCAGUAUGGUACAUUUGCAGGUAAAAAUGCCUUUCGGAAAAAUGUAUCAUUUUUUACUAGAUAAUUAUUGUUUUUUCCAAAUGUCAAAUGGUAGUUUGCCUCAACUGGAUCAUGUACCCACCACAUGCAGCAUUCUUCCUUUUCUCUCUCUCUCUAUAUAUAUUUUUUUUUACACAAUGUACAUGGUGUAUUACAUGGACAGGCUCAAUAGGUAACACAUUUCAUUUCAGUUGAAUGGCCCUGCUUCCAUUUGUAACCCAUAAUUGUAUUCAUUGCCAUUUACAUCACAUUCCAUAGCAAUUUGGAAAGAAAAUUGAGCCUGUUUCUUAAUUUCAUAAUGUCAAGGAUGUCCUAAUUCUAACAAUGCUCUUAUGCACAGUGAUAUUUGAUGCAUAAUGCUAUUUGGAACAGUUAUUGUAUGAUUAGGAAUCAAUUAAUACAAUAUGUGCCGGUUUCCCAGACACAGAUUAAGCCUACUCCUGGACUAAAAAGCAUUUUCGAUGGAGAAUCUCUAUUGAGCAUACUUUUUAGUCCAGGACUAGGCUUAAUCUGUGUCUGGCAAACUGACCCUCUAGCCCCAUUUAUACCUGGUUCUAACAUGCAUCCUUUGUCCUGAUCUUGUCCACAUUCUGAUUGUGCCCACAUUUUUUAAUAGGUGUAGACAAUCAAAAUUGUGAUCCAUUGUGAUGAGAUCAUCCUGCCAACCUCUGGAGGCGUUGUGUCUGGAUAUCUUACAAGUGUAGACAGAUCUGUACAGAGAGACUAUUUAAAUUGUAAAUUUUCCUGUAAAAUCAUUGACCGGUGGCACCAUUGAUUGAUUACAUCAAUAUGUGUCUUACAAUAAAUAAAUACAUAUUAUUUUUAAAUAAUAACUGUGAAACAAUUUUCAUAAAGGAAGGGGCCAGGAAAUCUGGUCACAAUGCAGGCACAGUGGACGGAUAACAGACACAUUUUAAUACAAUGUGUAGACACAUUUCUGGAAAUGUGGGCACAAUCAGAAAGUAGACAGGAUCAGGACAAAGGACCCAUGUUAGCACAAUGUAUAAAUGGGGCUUAUAUGUAAUAUCAGCACAUGUCCACUCUAUAAAAGUGAUAUUUUUGUUGUUUUUGUGACAAGUUUGACCACUCCACCCCAACUGUACAGGGUUAUCAGCUAUGUCACAAAGUAAAUAGUAUGCGUGUGAACAGUAGGUCAUCUGUUACAGUGUGGUGUCAUUAUGGUGCUAUCAUCUUGUUAGAAAAAUCUCUAAAGAGUAUUACCUAUCCAUGACAACCAUAAGAGAACAGAGGUUUCUUUAUAAUUUUUCAUAUAACAGUUUAAAACAUUUUUUGCAUAUUUUUAUAUUUGUCUCACUAUUUUAAGUGUUACAUUAUUUAUUUUUGUAUUUUUCUUAAAGAAGGCAUUUUGUUUUUUAACAGGCAUUCCUUAUAAAAUGGGGGUAGCUUUUGAAGGUCCUGAUACCGUUUUUUUUCAGCUUUUGUCUAUUAUAGUGGUGCAUCGUCAUUGAGAUGUCACACAAGUACAUUAGAUGUGAAGUAAGUUUGUUGUCAUUAUCAUCAAAUUGAUGUAUUGGUCAGGUAUUUACAAUGCUAGUUCACUCCCAAUUGUGCAGGCCUUACCUUGGCAUGCAAUUGUACUCAUAAAACAAGAAAGUGUUGAUGGGCUUGGCUAAAAUGUUGUCUGCCCCUGACAAGUAGCAUAAAUAUGAUAAUAUUGUUCUUUCUCUAUUUCUCUCUUUGCAUUGAAUGUAGUUUGAAUGUAGUAUGUAUAGUGAAUUAUAAAUGUGGAGUUUAAUAUCUGCUUAUUUGACAAAAGUGCAAUUUAUACUUUGGUUGAUAUGUGCAGCAUCAGAAUGCAGAUUAAUAACAGUUACAGACAUUUAUUAUCAGGACAAUAUGUUAGUCAAUUUGUUUCCCAUGAAAAGUACCACUUCACUGGCUUAAAAAAAAUACAAAUGUUUUGAUUGACAAGUUACAUUUUUAGUUACAAACUUGUAAAUAUAGACUUUCUUGUUAUCCAUAUUUUUAAGGCUUGAUUUGAAUUGAUUUAUUGUAGCCUCCAUUGCUGUCCACAAAUCAUUUGCUCUUAAGUUGUUAGUAGUGUGAUAGAAAACAUAUAAUUGGUCUAUGAUUUGGUCUGUCUUUUAUUUAGAACCUUCGUAAGAUUUUGUACUACGAUGGUGCUGUGUAUUCAGUUAACGUACAGCUGAUUCUUCUUUGUAUCUUUGUAUCUUUGUUCAAUUAUAUAUUAUGAAGUUACACACAUUUAAAGGCUGGUAGUGGAUGGUCCCCACAUAGUUGAAACACGCUUCUUUAUCCCACCAUGUACCAGGCACCCACUUUUCAACACCACUUUGUUAUUUAUUUAGUGUCAAAUUUACCAGAGCCUUUUUUCUGACAUAUAUACUGACAUUUCUUUUAACAUCCUCCUUACACUAUAGCCUAUUUCCCUCAGUGCAGUAAUGCAACCUAAUAGAAGCUGGAAAAGUAAAGAUAUAACUUCAAUUGAACAUAGUCUAAGUAUUCUAAAACGUAAAUGCAAUAGCUAAGUCCAUCUCACAGCUUUUGAAUAUCUUACAUUUCAUUUAUGUUAUGUUUUUUUUCCUAUUCUGCAUUUGUAUCACUCAUUUUUUACAAGUUUGCAAAUGAAUACAAUUUGCUUUCAGAUUAUGGAUACUUCUGCAUGCAUUAUUUCAAAACCAUUUCAUAUGACUGUACUGUUGGAGCCAAAUAAAUGCAGUCUUUCAAAUAA